UCGCCCCCUCACCACACUGCGCUGGGUUUUCCUGGGUGAUUUUUGCGAUGUGACUUUAUUUUACUGUGACCUUUCCGAGAUGUUUCUCUCACGUGACUUCCAGCUCAGGUCCCCAGAUAGGAAACCACAGGAGGAAGGUGAGAGCGUGAUGGGUGGGGCCAGACAUGUAGCGAGUGGAGUAUACAGAGAGCAGAGGAGACGCAGGCAGACAGCGAGAGGUACGGGGAGGACCGCAGGACAUGCAACCAGACUCCGACAGCGAUGAGCCAGGGUACAGCAGUUCCCCGUCCAGCCUCAGACAGGAUUCCUCCGAUGAUAUGAAGAAAGUUCAAAGGAGAGAGAAAAAUCGUAUUGCAGCGCAGAAGAGUCGCCAGAGGCAGACAGAGAAAGCUGACACGUUACACGUGGAGAGCGAGAAUCUGGAGCGGCUGAACUCCACUCUGCGCAGGGAAAUCCGCGGCCUGCGCGAGGAGCUGAAGUAUUUGACGUGCGUCCUGAGCAGUCACCAGUCUGUGUGCGUCCUGGGAGGCCAGAAGCAGCCGGCGUUCCAGUCACGCUAUCAGCACUGACACACGUGUGCCUCAUAGACUGUUAUCCGGAGGUUCCAGGACACGACAGGCCCGGUAUCGCACACUGCGUGUAGUACUGUUAUCUGGAUUCUCAACCUGUAUUUCUGCAGCUGAGCCGACGGCAUCUGUCCAGAGUUCCCCAUUUCUGUUUCACAAUUACAGAACCUUUUAUAAAA